CUCUCUCUCUCUCUCUCUCUCUCUCUCUCUCUCUCCUUCGAUCAACCUCGUCUCGUCCACUGCCUGUGAUGAUAUGACAGUGUAGUUAUCUGUAAACACAGACCUCCGCUGUUCAUUCCCUCUCCGCGUUAGUAGUGUUAGAAGAGCGCUCUCUCCUGCCUCUGAAGUGGCUUCGCUCGAACGCAGCAGCGCGGUCAUCCGAGGAGACAGAGAAGAGGGCAGGAAAAGGUGCAUAUCGCGAAUUCCUCAAGGAUGGAGAAGGACUCAUCGGUCAAGUCUUCGGUGGCCGAGUUGGCCGGGAGAUUCAAAGAUCACGUCACGCCGACUCCGACUCCGCACGACGAGAGGAAGCCUGUUAAAAGGAGGCCUCCUCCAUGCUUCCUGAAGCUUCACAACGGGAAACAUGACCACGAGGAACUGGAGAAACCCAACAUCGUCUCUCCACACCCCCCCAAAUCCAAGAUGAAGACCUCCAAGAGUUCCCCCCUCAUCGAGAAGCUGCAGGCAAACCUAACCCUGUCGCCCACCUCUCUGCUACCCUCGCCCAAGAGUCCCGAGGUGAAGCUGGCGCCGACGCCCAUCUCCCCUGCAACCCAUUGCUUCUUUCCCACAAGCCCCUGCAGCCCGACCCUGAGGCCCCAGCUGUCCAGUGAGGAGGAGGAGCCGGUAUGCUUUGAGAGCCCGGCGGAGGGGACCCCAUUACUCAGCUUCAACAAGAGUCGAGUUCGGCUGUCCUUCAAGAGGCGCCCGCCCACACGGCAGCACCGGCAGUCGUGUGUCGAGGAGGGCGUAGUCUCCGAGGGAGGGGUUGUGUCCCAAGGUAACCAAGAUGUCCCCCAGGUGAACGGGGCCGAGGACCAGGUGGACCAGGUGUUUGAGCAGACAGAGGAGGGCGGGGAGAGGGACGAGGAGACCCAGGGAAGCCCCCCGUCUCACCCAGACACUCUGACAGAGACUGGAGACAAUGACAGGGACAGAGAACAGGCCAAAGAGCACAACGUUCUGGAGGAGGAGACAGGAGAGGCAGCCCCAGCCACCCAGGAUGGGAAGGAGGAAGCUGGGGAACAGGCGCUAGGUGAGCCCCAGGCUUCAGAUUCUCUGGAGGCCAUAGAGGAGGAGAAAGGGUCUUGUUGCUCUUGUGGAACAAAAGGAGACAACAAGCAAACAGACGAACAGGAGGAUUCAGCUCAGCCUCGGGAGAGGGAGAGGGAUGAAAACCUCUGAACAAUGUUCACAAAUCACUGUUGAAGAAAUAAUUACAAUCAGUCAUUGUGUGAGUCCCACGUGGCACCCUACUGCUUUAUAGUGCACUACUUUUGACCAGAGACCUGGUUAAAAAUAGUGCACUAUAUAAGGAAUAGGGGUGUCAUUUGGGAUGCAUGCUCAUUAAUUAUGAAACUAGCUUGUCUUCUAAGAACCCUCGUUGGACAUUCUGUAUACUGCAUAAUCUUGGUUCCCAGAACUAAAUCUUUCCUUGCUUCACCUGUCACAUUGCAUUGUGUCUGUUAGCAGUGUAUAGACAAUCCCCUGCAUAGCUUUGUGUUCCAUCAGAUACUGUUGGAGGUGAUACUUUCUUGUUUCUGCAGCAGUUUGAAGUAAUAAUUAUCUUUAUAGUAUUUGGCCCAGGUGUGUCACCUCUCCUGGUUAUCUCUCCUGGUCACCUCUCAUCUCUCCUGGUCACCUCUCACCUCUCCUGGUCACCUCUCCUGGUUAUCUCUCACCUCUCCUGGUCACCUCUCCUGGUCACCUCUCCUGGUCACCUCUCACCUCUCCUGGUCACCU